AUGAACUCAACAGGCCACCUUCAGGAUGUGCCCAACACCACCCUGCUCCACGUGCCUCACGCCCAGGGAGGGAACAGUACCGGUAUCCGGGAGGGUCUCCAGGAACCCGUCCACACGGCCACCUUGGUGACCUGUACCUUUCUGCUCGCAGUCGUCUUCUGCCUGGGCUCUUACGGCAACUUCAUUGUCUUCUUGUCCUUCUUCGACCCGGCCUUCAGGAAAUUCAGAACCAACUUUGAUUUCAUGAUCCUGAACCUGUCCUUCUGUGACCUCUUCAUUUGUGGCGUGACAGCCCCCAUGUUCACCUUCGUGUUGUUCUUUAGCUCAGCCAGUGGCAUCCCGGACACUUUCUGCUUCACCUUCCACCUCACCAGCUCGGGCUUCAUCAUCAUGUCCCUCAAGACAGUGGCGGUGAUUGCCCUGCACCGGCUCCGCAUGGUCUUGGGGAAGCAGCCCAACCGCACGGCCUCCUUCCCCUGCACCUUGCUGCUCACUCUGCUCCUCUGGACCACCAGUUUCACCCUCGCCACCUUGGCCACCCUGAAAACCAGCAAGUCACACUUCUGCCUUCCCAUGUCCAGCCUGAUUGCCGGAGAAGGGAAAGCCAUCCUGUCUCUCUACGUGGUCGACUUCACCUUCUGUGUGGCGGUGGUCUCUGUGUCCUAUGUCAUGAUCGCUCAGACACUGCGGAAGAAUGCUCAAGUCAGGAAGUGCCCCGCUGUGAUCACCGUGGAUGCUUCCAGACCACAGCCUUUCAUGGGGGCCCCCGUGAAGGGAGGCGGCGAGCCCAUCCAGUGUCCCAUGCCGGCUUUGUACAGGAACCAGACUUACAACAAACUGCAGCACGUUCAGACCCACGGAUACACCAAGAGUCCCAACCAGCUGCCAGCCCCUGCGGCCAGCCGGCCGCAGCUGGUGUCGGCUGUCAAUCUGUCCACGGCCAAGGACUCCAAGGCGGUGGUCACCUGCGUGGUCAUCGUGCUGUCGGUCCUGCUGUGCUGUCUUCCGCUGGGGAUUUCCUUGGUGCAGGUGGUUCUGUCCAGCAAUGGGAGCUUCAUCCUUUACCAGUUUGAACUGUUUGGGUUUACGCUUAUAUUUCUCAAGUCAGGAUUAAACCCUUUUAUAUAUUCUCGGAACAGUGCAGGGCUGAGAAGGAAAGUGCUCUGGUGCCUCCAGUACAUCGGCCUGGGUUUUUUCUGCUGCAAACACAAGACCCGACUUCGUGCCAUGGGCAAAGGGAACCUCGAAGUCAACAGAAACAAAUCCUCCCAUCAUGAAACGAACUCUGCCUACAUGUUGUCUCCAAAGCCCCAGAAGAAAUUUGUGGACCAGGCCUGUGGCCCAAGUCACUCAAAGGAAAGUGUGGUCAGUCCCAAGAUGUCUGCUGGACAUCAACACUAUGGGCAGAGCAGCUCCACCCCCAUCAACACUCGGAUUGAGCCGUACUACAGUAUCUACAACAGCAGCCCAUCCCAGGAGGGCAUCCCACAUAACUUACAGCCAGUAAACUCCUUUGGGUUUGCCAAUUCAUAUAUUGCCAUGCAUUAUCACACCACUAAUGAUUUAAUGCAAGAAUAUGACAGCACAUCAGCCAAGCAGAUUCCAGUCCCCUCUGUUUAG